AUGGAAGCAGCGCUGAUCUUCCUGUGCUCGCUGUUGCUGCCGGCAGCUCUGGCGGACGUGAGCACCGAGGAGAAGGAGAAAGAUCCCUUUAACUAUGACUACCAGAGCCUGCGGAUUGGGGGGCUGGUGUUCGCCGUGGUCCUCUUCACUGUGGGCAUUCUCCUCAUACUCAGCCGGAGGUGCAGGUGCAGUUUCAACCAGAAGCCCAGAGCACCAGGGGAUGAAGAGGCUCAGGGCGAGAACUUGAUCGCUGCCAAUGAGCAAGCGCCCGAGCAGGGCCUGAACAGGUUCACCUACGACUAUGACACCAUCCGCAAUGGGGGGCUGAUCUUUGCCGUGGUGGCCUUUGUCAUCGGGCUCCUCAUUAUCCUCAGCCAGCGGUUCCACUGCGGAGCCAAGAAGAGGAGGAGACAAGGAGACGAGGCCGAGCUGUAGCUGCAGGU